AUGCGACUCAUAGCCACGGCUGUCACGUACGGCUUGGCGGCUGCGAACGCCGCGUCGAUGGUCAAUGUCGCCCCGAAGGCUCCGGUUGCGACGGACGGAGGCGUCGAGCUGUCAGAAGGACGAAGAGGAGGCUCGCGGUCGUUCCAAAGCAAAGGGCGGCUUCUGCGCGGUGCCUCUGCGGGCGGAGGAUUGGCGGACGACGGGCCGAGAGAAGCGGCAAGGCAGAGGCAGAGCUUUUUGCGAGUCGAGAUUUGUCUUGUCGCGAAGGAGUCAGUGCAACGAAACGACGUUGGUGGUGUCCGAUCCAAGGACGACGUUCCGGGUACAAGCGAAGCGCAUGACAUGCCUGCGGGUCUGCUCCCUGUUCAUGUACAGAAGCGUGUAGCAGGUACAACAGCGACUCGGGCCCCACCCGCAGCCGUAGGGCGACCGCCAGGUGGGAGAUACCGGGGGUACAAGGCCCGCGCUAGCCCGAAACAGGCCGGGCGAGAGGCCCAUGCCACGAAAUUUGGUUCCAUUCAUUUCUUUGAUGUUUGUGUCCAGUCUGUGUCCGGUGUGGUAGGUGCUUUCUCGGGAGGUGCUCGGCAGGUACUCGUACUCGGUACUAGCGGGUACUUCCAUGCCACAGCCGGGACAACUGAAAACUCAGAUCGGCGGGCAAACAACGCCCAGAAAGAUUAA